AUGUUUGCUUACAACUUUAUUUCGAACUUAGUGUUUGGUGUCUCGGAACUUAACCAAUCUAACCUACCAAAGACUGCUCAAAUACCUACAAAAUCUCGAGAUUCCUUCUCCAAUUCCUCUUACUGCAGUAAUCACAAGCACGUUAAGCCACAUCUCAACUUUUAUCAACAGAAUACUUUUAAUAAACACCAACAUCACUCCCAUUAUCACCAAUAUAAUAAACAUUAUUCAAAUAAAAAAUCCUCUUCCCAAAAGGCACGUUACUCAAAAGCUCCAAAAAUGCCUCCAACUGCAUACUCAACCUUUCAUGCUCAUUCUACAACAGCCUCUGCUUAC